ACAGGCUGAAAUGGCCCACACGUGUCGCGGAACCAUCAACCUGUCAACGGCUCAUAUCGAUACGGAGGACUCUUGUAACAUUGUGCUUUCCAAUGGGGGAAGGACAUACCACUUAAAGGCAAACUCAGAAGUGGAGAGGCAACGAUGGGUCACGGCCCUGGAGCUGGCCAAAGCCAAAGCUAUCCGCAUGAGGAACAACCAGUCAGAUGACUCGGGCGACGAGGAGCCCGCCUCGCAGUCUGACAAGGGCGAGCUGCACGGCACGCUGAAAACCCUCUCGAGCAAGCUGGAGGACCUGAGCACUUGCAAUGAGCUCAUAGCCUCCAAUGCUAUGAUCAACGCUUGCCGUGAUUUCCUGGACUUAGCCGAAACUCACAGUCGGAAAUGGCAGCGGGCGCUGCAGUAUGAGCGCGAGCAGCGGAUCCGCCUGGAGGAGACCAUCGAGCAGCUAGCCAAGCAGCACAACAGCUUGGAGCGGGCCUGCCGGGGAGCCCCCGGCCUGGCCUCGGGCGGCGCGGGCAUCGCCAACGCUGCCAAGGGCCCCACUGCGAGAGGUGGCCUUGCUCUUCUGGCGGCUCAGCCCGUGCAAGAGGAACGUGGCAAGGGUGCCGGGAAGGAGGUGGCCUUUCCGCAGCGGGAAGACCACGUCACCCGAGCUGGGGCGGGGAGAGGUGCUGGGCGGCCGUGCCGUCCCCGCGUGCAUCCUCGGCGCUUUCUUCCCGGCAGGCGUUCUGGCAGUAACCUGAGCGGGGCCAGCGAGGGCCACCCUGAGGACUGGAACCUGGAGGACAGCGUGUUUGACAGCUCCAACCAAACCAGCUACAAUGAAUCAACUUGCAAGGAUCUCCUGCCAAAGAAAAGGAGAAGGACCCGCAUCCCUGACAAACCCAACUACAGCCUUAACCUUUGGAGCAUCAUGAAGAACUGUAUUGGCAAAGAACUGUCCAAGAUCCCCAUGCCUGUGAACUUCAACGAGCCGCUCUCCAUGCUGCAGCGCCUCACCGAGGACCUCGAGUACCACGAGCUGCUGGACAAAGCCGUCAAGUGCGAGAGCUCCACGGAGCAGAUGUGCUUCGUCGCUGCGUUUUCCGUGUCUUCCUACUCCACCACCGUCCACCGCACAGCAAAGCCCUUCAACCCGCUGCUGGGGGAAACCUAUGAGCUCGACCGGCUGGAUGAGUUUGGCUUUCGGUCGCUGUGUGAGCAGGUGAGCCACCAUCCCCCGGCAGCUGCCCAUCACGUGUAUUCCAAGCGAGGCUGGACCUUGUGGCAGGAAAUCACGAUCGCCAGCAAAUUCAGGGGCAAAUACCUCUCUAUCAUGCCACUGGGCGCCAUCCACCUCGAGUUCCACUCCAGCGGGAAUCACUACGUCUGGAGGAAAGUCACCUCCACCGUUCACAACAUCAUCGUGGGCAAGCUCUGGAUUGACCAGUCUGGUGAAAUAGAGAUUGUUAACCAUAAGUCAAAAGAUAAAUGCCAGCUGAAAUUUACCCCCUACAGCUACUUCUCCAGAGAUGUCCCCCGGAAGGUGACAGGGGUGGUGACUGAUGCUGAUGGAAAGGCCCACUACGUCAUGUCUGGCACAUGGGAUGAGAAGAUGGAGUGCUCCAAGAUAGUGCAGAGCAGCCACGGCAGCACCAGCUCGGAGGGCAAGCAGAAAACUGUCUACCAGACCCUGUCUCCAAAGGUCCUGUGGAAGAAAUACCCCCUUCCGGAGAACGCUGAGAACAUGUAUUUCUUCUCUGACCUGGCCCUCACCCUGAAUGAGCCUGAGGAGAGAGUGGCCCCCACGGACAGCCGGCUGAGACCCGACCAGCGGCUCAUGGAGAGCGGCCGGUGGGACGAGGCCAACGUGGAGAAGCAGCGCCUCGAAGAGAAGCAGCGCGCCGUGCGCCGCAGGCGGGAGGCCGAGGCCGUGGAAGCCCUGGAGGAAGGCAAGGACUAUGAAGGCUACAUCCCACUGUGGUUUGAGCGGAAGGUGGAUCCCAUGACGGGGGAGCUGAUCUGCGUUUACAAAGGUGGAUACUGGGAGGCCAAGGACAGGCAGGACUGGAGUAUGUGCCCUGACAUCUUCUGAGCUGCUCUGCUUGCUCUGGGGCCAACCUCAGGCCUCUCUCUUCACCAGGAUAGACAGAGGGACAGUGAGGACAUGCUGGCAGCGUC